AAAAAAUAAAAUACUUUUAUUUCAAACAGAUAAAAAGCUAUAUAAACAAUAGUGAAUGAUAAACAUAAAAAUCAGAAAAAUUUUUAUUAGAUAACUUCAUAUUAAAUACAAAUAAAUAAUUUAUAAAAAAAAAGGUUGAAGAUGUGCGAUAAAUAACCAUUUAAUUUUAUAAGCGGCAAUAAAUUGUAAAACUUAAAAUAAAUCUUAAAUAAAUAUGGCCUUAUGGAAAUAGAAAACCCUAACAUAAUAAUAAAUCAAACGGAUGUAGAAGUAAAGGUAGUUUCGACAUACACUAGUCAAAUUCCAGCAAAAAAAUCAUUAAGAGCUAUUAUAAGAUACAUAAUAAGAUCUAAAAUUGACUAAUUGAAGAGUAAAAUCAUGAUAGUCAAUUUUGAUUCAAAAGAAUGUUAAAUGCAAAUUAAACUUGUAAACUAAAGUGAAAAAGAUCCUCCAUUUUAAGGAGAAAGAUUUCAUGAUAAAGUCAAUACUUUUAAUAAAUUGGAUGAUCUAAUUGAAAAAUCAAAAUCUAUUGAGGAUGUAGAAAUGCUAAAAAUAUCAAGACAAUUUAUAGAGAUAAUUUAUCAAGAUGGUAUUUAAAGAUAUAUUAAUCUAGACAAAAUUGAUAAAAUUGAAAAAAAAAUUAAAAAUUAAAGCAAUGAUUGUAAAUUAUUUACAGAGUUGUUUUGUGGCCAUAAAUAUUAUUCAACUUCUAAAGAACCAUGUUAAAAAGGUUAUCAAUUUUUAUACAUAAUGCAAACUUCUUUAUAAUCUCCAUCACAUCCAAGAUAAAUAAUAAUAAAGAUAGGAAAAACUAUUUAGCCUAUUGAUAUUUAUUGUAAUGAUCUCUUCUAGCAAUACUAAUAAAAAAUUAUUUUUUGGCCAUUAGCUUACUUUGAAAUUCCCUGCAUAGAAAAGACUCUUGUCGAUAAGUUUAUUCAUUUAAGUCUAGAUGAAAAUAAAUCUGAAAAUAGAAUUUACUUAUAAGGCGAACACUUGCAUAAAGAAUUUUUUUUACUUGAUAGAAAUUUAAUAGAGGCUAUUUAUAAUAUUAUCUAUUCAGGCAUUUAUACAGAUUUAUAUAAAAAAGAUUAUUCAUAAAAGGUUAAUGUAUAGUCAAUUUCUGAAUGCUUAUCUACAAUACAUUAUUAAAAUGAUAGUAAUUUUAUUGAUGAAUCAAUCGUAAAUGCUUUGAAUAAUUAAUAAAAAUCACCAAUUAAAUCUUAAUAAAACAAAGAAGAUGAUGAAUCAAGCAUUCUAAGUAAUAUAAAAAACACUACUCAGUAAAAUUAGAAAGUAAUCAAAUAAUAGCAAGAUUAUACUGAUAAAGAUAAUGUUAUUAAUAAGUAACAAAAUCAUUGUAAUCAAUCUUAAUUAAAUAAUUUCCUUAGCAACUUUACACCUGAUUAAAAUGACUAUAUUCUAAAUAAUAAAGACGAGAAAAAUCAAUAAAACUAAAUUAAAAUUUAAGGUUAGAGGUACUAAGAAAAUAAUUAGUAGUUUUUUGUUAACAAUCUAAUUGAAGAUCAAAAGAUUUAUGGUAAAGGAAACUCGAAGGUUUAAAAUUAACUAAAUGAUUAGAUAGUAAUAAACAGAUAACAAUCUGUAGAGGUUUCAUAAAUUGAUUUCAAACAUAGCUAAAAACUUUAGAGUAAUAAUAAUUCAAAAAACUAAAAUCUUCCAUAAUAUGAACAAAAAUUUAAAGAUUAAGACUUGGAAAAAUAUAGAGUUAAAAGAGAAGAAAAAAUUCCUCAUUAUUCUUAUGUUUAAUAACCUAGCAUUUAAGAAUAAAGAUUUGACAACUACUAAUCUAUACCAGUAGCACCAUUACCUCCAAAUUGCACCAAUGUGUAAUCAUUUAGUAUAGGUGAAGUAGAUUAAUUAUAACAUUUACUUGAAUAGCUUAACGAAGAAAUGCAAUAUUUAGAAGAUUUUAAAAAUGAAAUAAUAUCAAAAUAUGAUAAAACAGCUAAAAUUUGA